AUGUUAUGCAUUGUUGGUGAUGCCUUGAAUAUAUUGAAUAUGUGCUCGAGUGAUCCAAGUAGUGUUAGCAGUUUCGUACCCGACAAAGACCGUCGCAAGGAACAGUUAAUGUCGUACCUGGUGCAUACUAAUCGAUGUUGUGACAUUAUUCGGAUGGGUCCAGAGGCAUUUAUUAAUCUUUGUGAGAGACUAAGAACAACUGGGUUAGUUAAAGACGCUAUUCGCUCGACAUUGGAGGAACAACCAUCAGGAGAUGAGGUUCAUCCAUAUGUCUUGAACAACAGUCGAUUUUAUCCUUACUUUAAGGAUUGCUUAGAGGCCAUAAAUGGUACUCAUGUUCGUGUAAGGGUGCCAAGAACAGAUGCUCCGAGAUUUCGUGGAAGAAAAGUUUGGCCAACUCAAAAUGUGUUUGUCGCAUGUGACUUUGAAAUGAAAUUCACAUACGUUCUAGCUGGGUGGAAAGGCACAACAUCAGAUUCUAGAAUCUUAAAAAAGGCUCUUGAUCGAGAUGAUCCGUUGGUGAUCCCCCAAGGAAAAUACUAUCUUGGCGAUGCUGGAUUUAUGCUGAAGACUACGGUUAUGACACCAUAUAGAGGUGUCAGAUAUCACCUUAAAGAACUUACACGCAGAGGAGCACAAAAUCUACGCAAGCUCUUUAACCAUCGACAUUCAUCAUUGAGAAAUGUUAUUGAAAGAACAUUUGGUGUAUUGAAAACAUGGUUCCCUAUCAUUGCAAGUGGCAUUGAACCACAUUAUGGAUUGGAGAUAUUGACAGACAUUAUAUUAGCUUGUUGUAUCCUACAUAAAUUUAUCAGUGGAGUUGAUAACGAUGACCCAUUGCUUAUUGAGGUUGAUAAGGAGUUGAAUGAAAGGGAAGGGCAUAAUGUCUCAUCUUCCCAAGUUCGAGAAGAUGAUUAUAGGCUUGUUAGUACUAUUAGGGAUGCCAUAGCAGAUGAAAUGUGGCGAGAUUAUCAAAACUCAUACUUAUUGUUUAAUAUGGACAAGGGUAAGGGAGUAACCAUUGAGUCCUCUAGAGGUACAAGAAAGUUCAUUAAAUGGACAGAGGACAUGGAUGCUAGGCUUUUGCAUUCUAUGAUCGAGGAAACCCGUUUGGAUAAUAGGUUUGAUGGAAGCUAG